GAGGCACAUGAAGAAAGGUGAAAAUAGUAAGUGGGUGUUUACAGAGCUAGUAAGAAAAAGAAAAGAGAGCAGCACAGUUAAAAAAGCAGUAAUAACAGUACAAUUAUCUCAUGACUAAACAAAAAGAAACAAUUAAAUCACCCUCUAAACCAAUGUAAAAAAAUCUUAAUUUGUGGCUUUAGUUUAUGGGUUUCCGUGUAUGUGUCAGAGGCAGGGGCUGCCAUAAAGGCACCAGUGUCAGCAGAUGCCCACAGAGCUGCUGCUGCCUCUGCAGUAGUCAUAAUAUAUGCACAGUACACGCUCAGACAUAGACACACUCAGAAAUUGAAAUUGAAAUUGAAAUUGAAAUUGAAAUUGAAAUAAAAGAAAAGAAAAGAAAAGAAAAGAAAAGAAAAAGAGAGUGUGUUGUUGCUGCAGCAGUGUGAUCAGAACCAUUAGUUUUUAUCCAUGUACAGAAGAUUCUGCAGCUCAAAUGGUCCCUGAAAUAAAUAUACCUACUCCCCCCCCUCUCUCUCUCCAUUCACCCUUUCCCCUUUCUUCUCUCUCAGUACUUUCAUCAAACACCUUACCCUCUCUCUCUCUCAGAGGAAGAAAAAGGAAGAAGAAGAUGAUGAGUGGUGGUGGCGGUGGUGUAAGGAGUAGUAGUGGUAGUACAAGGUUUCCUUUCACUGCCUCGCAAUGGCAAGAGCUUGAGCAUCAAGCUCUUGUGUUCAAGUACAUGGUCUCUGGCAUGCCCAUUCCUCCAGAUCUCCUCUUCACCAUCAGAACCAGCCUUGAUUCCUCUCUCUCCUCCAAAUUCCUCAUCCACCAACCCCAACACAUUGGAUGGAACAGCUUCCACAUGGGCUUCGGCCGGAAGAUCGACCCGGAGCCGGGGCGGUGCCGGAGGACAGACGGCAAGAAGUGGAGAUGCUCGAAGGAGGCGUAUCCCGAUUCGAAAUACUGCGAGCGGCACAUGCACAGAGGCCGAAACCGUUCAAGAAAGCCUGUGGAAAUUCCGUCGCCCACUUCCGCUGCCGCAGCAGCCUCGCCGUCGCUUCACGCCCGCAAUGUGUCCGCGUCCUCCUCCUGGUCGACGACUCCCAUUUCUUACCUCGCAUCCACGGCCGCGGAAUCGCACUUCCUCUAUCCUCAUUUCCCCUCUUCCCGACCUGCCGCGGAGAGCGCGAACUUUUUCCUUGAUUCGAAUCUCCAUUCGCACCCUCCGCUUAAAGACUGCAGGCUUGGGAUUAAAGGUGAAAGUGACUUCUUCUCGUCCGAGACGUUAAAACACAACGACACCGCGUACCACUCCGACAAGAGCUACCGCCAAUACGAGCAGGAGCGGUACUACACUUCGGAGGAACGGCCGAAGAAAGUGAUGCACCAUUUUAUCGACGAGUGGGCACCAAAAGACACUGACACCGACGACAAAAUGCCGACGCACCUGUCUAUGUCGGUUCCGAAUUCGCUGCAUGACUUCUUUGUGACACAAAAAUGAAUGAAUGAAGGAAACGGGGGGAGUGGUGGAGGGUGGUUGGGACACAGUUUUUAUUAGUUUUCCUUGAGUGGAAAGUGUAGUGUGUGGGAAUCUGUUGGAUUUUGGUAUUCUAUAUUGUUUGAAAGCCACCUGCCAAUUUUGCCUCA